GACCAUGCGCUAACUUUCCACAUAUGCCAUAACCACAAUACAAAAAUGGCGUACAAUAACACAGUUCGUAUUGGAUCAGUGACCCAAUCCAAACAUUUAUUGCGAGUUUAUUUAACUUAAACCAAGUUGACAAAGUGAAAGUGACUCAUAAAAUUGUUCCCCGCAAAAAAAGAAACCCUAAUAACAAUAACGAUGUUCAGUAAACUUAAAAUUGCUGUUAAUCGGUUAAUGUUAAAAUGAGCGAAAAAAUGAGUACGGAAGAUUGUACGGUGGUGAGAUUUUCCGGUGAACCAUCAACGGUUCGUAUCGAAAACUUGAAACGCAACAACGAUUUCGACAAAACGACAUCAUCAACAACAGCAACAACGACACCGACGUCUACAGACGGGCAAAAAUUCGGCCUUUUCUAUGUGAUCUGUAUAGCCUUAUCGAUUGUAACAUACGUUUUUGAUUUAGUGUUGGCCUGUUUUCUUUUGUAUUUUUACACGGUGAACGGGAAUGUUGUUUAUUUCGCGUUAACUUUAACGUUUAUCGUCGUACCUGCACUUUUUAUUACAGCCUUUAGUCUUCGAUGGUACAUCGUCGAUUAUGAUGAUCCGUCCUUAGGAAAAGUACCUUUAUGGCAAUGGACCAUUAGAAUAAUAUUUUUAUUAUUACAAGUAUCACCUCUUUUACGAUACAUCGACACAUUGGUUUACGGAAUUCGAAGUAACAUAGCGAAACGCACAACUGGAUUAGAUCAAUGGUACAUGGUUUAUUACAAACGGAUGCUCGACGAAGAUACAAACGCUGCUCUUCUUCGAUUGUUCCAUUGUUUCCUGUUUAGCGGGCCUCAAGCGGUUAUACAACUUACAUUUUUGAUUGGAGAAGUAUCCAAUCGCGACAAAAGACUACUUUUAGAUAUAGAUUUAACGGUUCUUCAAGCUUGGACAGUUUUAGCAGCCUUAAUGUCAAUAGGAUGGUCUUUAACGUCAUAUCACAGAUCCGUAAGAUACUCAAGGGAUGAUAAAGAAAAAAUUGGUUGGACCGGCGUCUUUAUAGCAUUUUGCUGGCAUCUAAUGAGCGCUUUGUCUAGAGUAUUGGCCUUGGGUUUAUUAGCUUCAGUAUUCCCAAUAUGGAUGGGUGUGAUAUGCGCGCUUCAUUGGGGCAUGAUGGCCACCUGGUUAGCUCUUGGACAACAUCAAUCAGCAGCUUGUAGCAACAGAUGUGAAGAAUUAUUGUUAUCUACAGCCUUAGGACUAGCAUAUGUGUUAGCGUUUAUUUCACCAAGGGAUGGACCUACUAGAUAUGUCUAUUUGGCUUAUUAUUUAGUAUGUUUUAUGGAAAAUACUGGAGCUUUGGUUGUAUGGUGUGUUCAACGAAAUUCAAAUGAUAAUCCAGAGUUAUAUUACGGCGCUGUAAUAGUUCAAGUUGCAUCAUUUCUAUUGGCGAUAGUGUUUAUGUUAAUUUACUAUAGACAUUGUCAUCCUUCGACAGCAAAUCGAUCUAAAGUGUUGCAAAUAACCGACCCAGGUUGUUCAGAUUACGACCCUAAAUUGGGUCCAAGACGGUCCUGUUCCUGAUCUUUAGUGUACCUGUAAUUCUAAUAGUGUAUGGUUUUACUUAAAGUAAACCAACAAAAAAAAAUAAGAAGAAAAGAUAUGGCGGUGAUAGAAGAGUGAGAUUUUAAUUUUUAAGUUUUAAACACAAAAGUUUGUAUUAUUUUGGAUAUUAAUGAAAACGAAAAGCGUCAAAAAUUUUAUAGUAUACACAGUAUUAAGUGAGAUGUGAUAUAUCAUAAUUUAUUAUUAUUUUUGUUUAUAAAUUUUUAAUGGAUAUGGAAAGUAUUUUUUAAACAAUUAUUCUUGUAAAUAAGGUUAAGGAAAUGGAAGUUGUACAUUUUUUGUUAUGUAAAUAUUUAAUGCAAUUAAAAUAAUCUAGUAGACUACGAA